AUGGCAGAUCGUGGUCGAGGGGGACGCGGAGGUUCAGGAGGGAACAGUCGAGGCAGGGGUGGUGGGCGAUCCGGGGGGGAUGACAAACCGAAACGCGAAGCUAUCCUGGAUUUGGCCAAGUUCGCUGACAAACGGGUUCGCGUCAAGUUCAUGGGAGGUCGAGAGAUUACUGGUAUUCUGAAAGGCUAUGAUCAGCUUCUGAAUUUGGUCAUGGAUGAGGUCGAGGAGAUCCUGCGCGAACCAGAAGGUGCCACCGUCACAUCACCACCAAAGACAAGGUCACUCGGGCUGGCAGUAAUCAGGGGGACCAGCUUGGUGGUCAUCAAUCCAGUCGAUGGCUACGAAGAAAUUGCAAACCCCUUCAUCAAUCAACAGUGA